GCCGGCCUCCAGGCUGCAGUCCGCGGCGCGAGCCCCCGAGUCCAGCCGCCUCUCACCGCUCCGGCGCCUCGGGCAUUCCCUUCACCGCCUCUCCGCUCGGCCCGGAUCUCGGCCACCCCCGACUUCCGUCUUCAUGGUGUCGCUUCUGUGCUGUGGGCCCAAGCUGGCCGCCUGCGGCAUCGUCCUCAGCGCCUGGGGAGUGAUCAUGUUGAUAAUGCUCGGGAUCUUUUUUAACGUCCAUUCGGCCGUGCUCAUUGAGGACGUUCCCUUCACGGAGAAAGAUUUUGAGAAUGGCCCCCAGAACAUAUACGAUCUUUACGAGCAAGUCAGCUACAACUGCUUCAUCGCUGCGGGCCUUUACCUCCUCCUCGGAGGCUUCUCCUUCUGCCAAGUUCGGCUCAAUAAGCGCAAGGAGUACAUGGUGCGCUAGAGCGCGGCCGCAUUCACCCCCUUCGGCCCCCUCCCUCUUCUAUUUAAAGACUCUCCCCGCCCCCGACUGACCCUCAUUCCGGGGCCCAGCCCCGGGGGAGGGAGGCUGGGGCUGGCUGUCCCUGUCCCUCCGGCCCCCUCGCCUUUUCCCAAACGACAAUAAAGAGAAGCUGCUCUCUU